AUGGACAUUCAGCUAUUCGAGAACUUCGCGUUGCCUCCCGAGGUCAGAAUGGACAUCGAGGUUUACGAAAACUUCUCGUUGGCCCCAGACGAUGAAGGAAAGCUCAGCACUUCGUCUGCCAAACGUGAUAGGGAGAUUUCUUCGCAAGAGGAGCGUCCGGCGAAGAAGAUCAGGUACAGCGACUCAGAGAUCAUCGAAGGUGUGAGGGCAACAGUGCAACACUACGGCCUCGACAAAACUCAGGAAGAGAACUUGACGACUCGCGCGAAAGAGAACGAAGUUGUCCCCACGAUUGAAGAAGUUGUGUGGGUCGUCAAAGAGGCACAGCUUCGUGAUGGUGGUCAAGAACUCAAUUGGCCAAUGUUCUACUACAUGGAGUUUUACCCAUGGUACUUGCGUUCGCUCGACGAUGACCAUCGAGUUUACGUGGGCACCUUCAAGAAUUGGAAGGCUGAGUGCGACCUCUGGAUCGGCUUUGGACCCGAGAGUCAGCUCCACUACGACGGACCCGUACCCGGCGACAACAAGCAUGUGUUCGAUUUAAGAGUCGAGUUCCAUCGCUACAUCAGAUGGCACACAUCAUUUGAGCACUUGUUUCAGUUGAGCAAGAUGAGAUCCAACAGUAUCAAGGACACCGCUGGAGCCAAGAAAGCACAUCAACAGCAAAGCGCAUACAUCAAAGCGGCCAUGACGGUCCUGGCCCGAUUCCCUGGUCUCGUACUUGAGCGUGAUCCCCAACACGAUGAGUUGAGGUAUCAGCUGUACGGACCAAGCUGGAACGCAUUUCCUUUCUGGAACAGAGAGGCAAGAUCGGAGGAAACCCCCUUGGACGGCCUCUUCAAGAUGCUUUGCUCGAAGAAGGAAGGAACGAUCAAAUCCUUCGAGGGUGAUCAGAAGGACGGGGUUGCUGCCAAGUCAGUGGAGGUUGCCGGAGAUGACGCCGAAGAAGAAUGA